UUGACAAAUCUAACUAGUGUCGUGUUCGAGCGUGUAGAUUAAAAAAAUGUAAACACACAGUGUUUUACUCGUUCAUUCGCUCUUUUUGAUAAGCAACACUUCCUCGUCCCACAAUAAGUGGUGGAGCGUGGAUGCUGAUGGGGGACGAAAAAGAGACCUGGAAAGUUAAAACUCUUGAAGAAAUACUACUGGAGAAAAAACGCAGAAAAGAAUUAGAGGAGCGAACCGAUACCAAGCACCCAAACAAUAUUUCCCAAAGCAUUGUUCCACAGGCGGAUGCUCGGGAAUCCAAACGCGAGACCCCGGAGGAAGGAGAACUACGGGAUCAAAGGAUGGAAAUAACAAUUCGCAAUUCCCCCUACACUCGUCAAGAUUCCACAGAGGACAGAGGCGAGGAAGAUGAUUCACUAGCUAUUAAGCCUCCACAGCAAGUUGCAAGGAAGGAGAAAUCUCAUCACAGAAAGGAGGAGAAGAGAAAAGACAAACGACGUCAUCGCAGCCACUCGGCUGAGGGUGCAGGGAAGCAUGCCCGGGCCAAAGACAAAGAAAGGGAGCGAGAUCGCAGGAAGCGUCAGUGGGAAGAAGACAAAGCCCGGCAAGACUGGGAGAGGCAGAAACGACGGGAGCAGGCCAGAGCUCAUUCACGCAGAGAGAGACCCCGACUGGAAUCUCCCGGGUUUUUUUUGGACCACAGGGACCGUCUGGAACAGCAGGAACGACAGCGCGAGCGUGACAGAAAACUGCGCGAGCAGCAGAAAGAGCAACGAGAGCUGAAGGACCGAGAGAGGAGGGCCGAUGAGCGGCGCAAAGAACGAGAGGGUCGACGAGACGUGUCUUCUUCACACCACCGAAUGUUACCGGAAGAGUAUGGCGAGAAGCCGAAGCAGAGUCACCGCAGCCGCAGUCCUGCUCAUGUUCCCCGGGAGAAAACGGAACCUGGUGAACUCCGGAAAUUGACAUCAAAGGAGGAGAGGCCUGAGGUUCAAGACCUACUUGCAGACCUUCAAGACAUCAGUGACAGUGAAAGGAAAACCAGCUCUGCUGAAUCUUCCGCUGCAUCAAGAUCUGGUUCUGAGGAGGAAGAGGGGGAGGAAGAGGAGUCCAGCAGCAAGACUGAUGGUGAAGAAGAGGAAGGAGAGGAGGAGGAGGAGGAUGAGGAAGAGGAGGAGGAAGAGGAGGGAGAGUCAGUCUCGGUCUCUGGCUCAGAGAGAUCUGAGCAGAGCGCAGAGGAAGUGAGUGAGGAGGAGCAGUCAGAGGAGGACUUUGCAGAGGAGCAGGAAAAUGGAAAUCAUAUACAUCCAGCGGUACCCGAAUCCCGGUUCGACCACGACACCGAGGAAAGCGGUGAGGAAAUGGAGGAUGAGGAGGAAGAAGAGGCAGGGGAUGCUGACCCGACUCCCCAGUCGCAGACUCAUUCACGCACCCCAACACCUGAAGGGAACUAUAUUCCUGACUCCCCGCCAAUUUCACCCGUGGAGCUCAAGAAGGAGCUGCCCAAAUAUUUGCCCGCUUUACAGGGCUGUCGCAGCGUCGAGGAAUUCCAAUGUCUGAACCGAAUUGAGGAGGGGACGUACGGUGUGGUGUACAGAGCCAAGGACAAAAAGACCGAUGAAAUUGUGGCAUUAAAAAGGCUGAAAAUGGAGAAGGAGAAGGAGGGCUUCCCGAUCACGUCUUUGCGAGAAAUCAAUACCAUCAUGAAAGCGCAGCACCCCAACAUUGUCACAGUGAGGGAAAUAGUUGUCGGAAGCAACAUGGACAAGAUCUACAUUGUGAUGAACUACGUUGAGCAUGACCUGAAGAGUCUGAUGGAAACCAUGAAGCAGCCUUUCCUGCCAGGAGAAGUCAAGACACUGAUGAUUCAGCUGCUUCGAGGAGUCCGUCAUCUCCACGAUAACUGGAUUCUCCACCGGGACCUGAAGACCUCUAACCUGCUGCUUAGUCACAAGGGCAUCCUGAAGGUUGGUGACUUUGGUUUAGCCCGUGAGUAUGGUUCCCCGCUGAAGCCCUACACUCCUGUCGUGGUGACCUUGUGGUACAGAUCACCGGAGCUGCUGCUCGGAGCCAAGGAGUACUCCACAGCUGUCGACAUGUGGUCUGUGGGCUGCAUAUUUGGAGAGCUCCUCACCCAGAAACCUCUUUUUCCUGGAAAAUCCGAAAUCGACCAAAUCAAUAAAAUAUUCAAGGAUCUGGGCUCACCCAGUGAGAAAAUCUGGCCGGGCUACAACGAGCUGCCCGCUGUUAAGAAGAUGUCUUUCACAGAGCAUCCCUACAAUAACCUGCGAAAGCGCUUUGGCGCGCUGCUCUCGGACCAGGGCUUCGACUUAAUGAACAAAUUCCUCACCUACUGUCCCAGUAAGCGGAUCCUGUCCGACGAGGCGCUCAAGCACGAGUACUUCCGCGAGACGCCGCUGCCCAUCGAGCCAUCCAUGUUCCCCACGUGGCCGGCCAAGAGCGAGCAACAGAGGGUAAAGAGAGGCACCAGCCCUCGGCCGCCCGAGGGAGGCUUGGGCUACAGUCAACUGGAGGGGGACGACGACCUCAAAGACACGGGCUUUCACCUGACCACCAGCAAUCAGGGAGCAUCUGCAGUCGGUCCUGGAUUCAGCCUGAAAUUCUGAGCGGGGCUCCCCGGCAAAGAAACACUGCCACUGGACUGAACUGCAAAGCAGAACAAUAUGGCAUCGGCGCUAGCUGUCGACGAGGACUGUCUCACAGCAAGAAUGGUGGCUAUGACGUGUUCCCCAAAUGUUACAACUCUCCUCUACCUGCGUUACCAUAUCCAUUGUGGUAAUUUAGUUCGUUUAGUCUCUUACUUUCCCUUUUUUUUUUACUUCAUGAGAGGGGUUCCAAUUUAUGGAGGUACUGUUCAAUGAUGCGGAAUUUGCUUUCCAUCCGGCAGAGCUACUCAGAGCUGUCUGUUCACUCAAACAACAAGGGGAUAAUUUUUUUUUUUUUUAUACCAGAAAUAAAGAACAAUGAAACUUUG